AUGGAUGUUCUGACCUAUGAUGACGUGCAUGUGAACUUUACUCAGGAAGAGUGGGCUUUGCUGGAUCCUUCUCAGAGGAGUCCCUACAAAGGUGUGAUGCCAGAGACCUAUAGGAAUCUCACAGCUAUAGGCUACAUUUGGGAAGAACAUACUGUUGAAGACCAUUUUCAAAGUUCUAAAAGUCAUGGAAGGUAA